AUGUCUUCCAUAACCUCCGCCCAGAGUCCAACCCACCCCUCCUCGGCGUCAUCCGCAACAGUCUCCUCCCCCACAAACACAAAUCAGGCCAGCACGGCCUCUCCGCCCGGCCCAUCGACCGCCUCCUCCCUCUCCUCCCCGGCGUUCCCGCCCCUCGCCGGUGCGGCCGGACCACUUCACCACCAUGCCGCCGGCCACCCCGUUCCGGGCCCUGCCUCCCGCAGCAGCGCCGGGCCCUCAUCGUCACACCAGCAGCAGCAUCCACACCUGCAGUCCAACCUGCCCUCGCCCUCGACGCAGCGGCAGAUCGAGGAGGCGCGGCGCGCCGUCGUCGCCUCCAUCGGCAACAUGCUCGACAACGAGCUGCAGGGCCGCGCGGCGAUCCUGCACAGCAACCAGGCGGCCAUCGAGAAGCAGUUCCGCGACGUCGAGAGGGCCACGGCGUCCCUGCGCAAGGAGAACGACAAGCUCGGCAAGGUCGCCGCCGACCAGGCGCGCAAGGUGAAGGAGAUCGGCGACGUGCAGAACUGGGCCGAGCUGCUGGAGCGCGACUUCCUCGUGCUGGAGGAGACCAUGCGGCUGGUGCGCGAGGGCAGCAGUGAGGGGAGCUGGUCGGGGAGUGGCAGCUGGAGCGGAAGUGCGAGCGGUAGCGAGGUGGGCGAUCGGGAUGGGGAUGAGAGAGCUGCGGCUGAUGGUGAGAGAGACGGGGAUGGCGAUGUGCACAUGGACGGUGGUCUGCAAGACGCUCUGGAAGCGCAAAAAGAUGUCGGCAAGGGCAAGGCCAAGGAGGAAUAUGCUGCCGAGCAAAUGGAUGUCGAUCCCGCCCAGAUUCCUUUGCCUAUAGACGACCAGAGCACCACGGAGGUUGGGUCCAGCAGUAGCACUGCUCUGACCAGCCACGAGUCGGAGACGACGUUAGCAUUGACGCCCGUGGUAUGA